AUGCGCUGGCGUGCACAGCCACUUGCAUUCGAGCGUGCGGGUGAUUGCGGUCUCGAGAUCGGCCCCUGUGACGAGGAGAGUAGAGCCACUGGCGCUUUGACGGCCGCGGCAAACGUGCAUACGGGGACCAAUGGCGAGAGGUGUGAGGAGCAGGCGAUUGGUGACGCAUCGAAUGGCGACCGGGUGAAUGGUGACAACGUGACCGACAGUCUCGAGAUCGGCUCCUCGAUGCCCCGCGGCGAGGCGAACGUGGCGAUGGCAGCGACCGUGGAGAUCGAGGCUCGGCGUGACAUUCCACACAACGGCUCUCCCGCCCGCCGCCACGCACCACCGUUGAAUGGUGACGAGGCGAAUGCUCCCGGUGCGCCGCAGCCACCGCGCCGGAGCGCACAACGAUCUCCAUGCGCGCAGGCGCCUGUCCGCGCCGCUGAUCCUCGAAGCGGCGCCGGAUCUGAUCAGCAGCAGCCAGCGGAGCAACAGGGACGCUUGAGGCAGGACGCGCGGGAGGAAGUGGACGAGGAGCGAGUUCGCUCACCGUGGAAUAUCCGCGGCCAGGAGCGGCAAGCGGAUCCAUCGGAUCAACGGGAGGGUGGCGCACGAUCAGCAAGCGGCCGACGCGGCGGAGGACGUACUGCGGACCGAGGAGGGAGAGCAGCUGGACUCGGCGAGCGAGCACGAGGAGGUGGACCAAAAAACGUGUACCUGCAGGCGCUGGAGAUGUACGGAAUGGGCAACUGGGGGGAGAUUGCAGAGCACGUGGGGUGCAAGAGCAGUAUGGCACAGCUGCCUGCAUCUCCUUUGCAAUGCUCCUCUCUCUCUCCUCCUGCCUCCUGUCCUUCCCCCCCUUGCACACAUCAGGCGCUGGAGAUGUACGGAAUGGGCAACUGGGGGGAGAUUGUGGAGCACGUGGGAUCAAAGAGCAAGUCACAGUGCCACGACCACUACCUUUACGAUUACCUGCUUUCACCCACCGGUCCAUUACAUUGCCCCGACCAUUACCUCUACGACUACCUGCUCUGGCCCUGUGGGUCAGUGCCUGAGAGUGGCCCCCUCCCUGUGAGUAGAGACCUAUCUCACCUGCGCACGCAAGCGGAAACGGAGGCAGCCAAGGCGGCAAUGGAGGAGAAGAAGGCAGCAGAGACUGAUUUAUCUUGCCUGCGAACCCAAGCGGACACGGAAGCAGCCACGGCGGCAAUGGAGGAGCAGGAGGCGGCAGAGACUGCUAACUUGAGUCCAACCCUUAUUUCCCUCCUCCGUGCCCCCACCCUUGUGCCCCUGCCUUUCUCUCUCCAGGACCUAUCUCGCCUGCGCACGCAAGCUGACACGGAAGCAGCCAAGGCGGCAAUGCAGGAGCAGGAGGCAGCAGAGACUGUUGGCUUGGCUUCGACCCGCAAUUUCUAUCUACAAGGCAGCACUCAAGGUGGCAGUGGAGGAGGAGGCAGGAGAGACUGCUAUCCGCCACUAACCCUCCUCACCCUCUUUAGUGCCUCCUGUGUCCCUCCUGUAUCGCCGCCUCUCCAGAACCUGACUCGCCUACGAACCCAAGCGGACACGGAAGCAGCCAAGGUGACAAUGGAGGAGCAGGAGGCGGCAGAGACUGCUAACUUGAGUCCAACCCUUAUUUCCCUCCUCCGUGCCCCCGCCCCUGUGCCGCUGCCUCUCUCUCUCUCUCUCCAGGAUCGAUCUCGCCUGCGCACGCAAGCAGACACGGAAGCAGCCAAGGCGGCAAUGGAGGAGCAGGAGGCAGCAGAGAUUACUGUCGACCUCUAA